AUGACAAAUCUUAGCAUUACUGAUGAAUUUGUGCUGCUUGGAUUGUCUAGUGACCCGGAAAUCCAGACCAUGCUCUUUGUUCUCUUCCUGGGGAUUUACCUCCUGACCCUGAUAGGGAACCUGACGAUGAUCCUGUUGAUCAGGGCUGAUUCUCACCUCCACAUGCCCAUGUACUUCUUCCUUGGACAUUUAUCUUUCCUAGACAUAUGCUACUCUUUAGUCACUGUGCCCAAGAUGCUGCAGAAUUUCCUAUCUCAGAAGAAAACCAUUUCGGUGUGGGGCUGCAUUACCCAGAGUUUCUUUUUCAUGAUUUCUGGAGUCACUGAGAGCUGCUUGCUCUCUGCUACGGCCUAUGACCGCUAUGCUGCCAUGUGUCACCCUCUGCUCUACACCGUGGUCAUGAAUAGACCUCUCUGCACUGCAAUGGUUGGUACAGCAUGGUUGAUGGGGUUUCUGAACUCACUAGUGAAUAAUCUUUGUGUUCAGAACUUACAGUUCUAUGGUCCCAAUAUCAUCUCCCAUUUCAGUUGUGAACUGCCUUCACACUUCCCUCUGUCCUGCAGUGAUACCACACCUAACACCAUGCUGCUGGCUAGCUUCAAGAACCAGGAGGCAAAGGCAGCUCUGCAGAGGAUGCUGAGGCAGCAAAUAUGUGUCUCAGGAAACAGCGAUGUAAAAAUUAUACAUGAACCAAAAUACCUUUAUGAGAAUUCCAUAUUCCAAAUAAGAAGUUUCAGCACCCCAGAUAAGCACAAAAACCAAGAACAGCCACGUUGA